AACUUGAAUUUUGGGGGAAAAUCCCAAAUUUUUGGGUUCAUCAUGCAAGAAAACUACGAAAAUGUCAUUUCUUUGGGUAAGAAAUUUUGGGGGAAAUUCAAUUUUUUUGGGCUAAAAAUAUCUACUUUUUGGGCAGAGGAGAUUGCCAUCAGCUGGCCGCGCAUCACGGCCUUCGCCGAAUCUCACCGACGACGACCACUCAGCUCAGGUGGAGAUGCCGAAGGCGACCAAAGCCAACCCGAAACAACUCAAGUGCCACCUCUGAUGGGCACAACGGGCACCGACGUCGGGGUGAGCUCUGACCUGAGGAGACAGUUGGGAUUGAUUUUACAAACAGCAGGAAGAAACCAAGUGGAAAAAAUGUUAAAAGAAUUAGUAAAAGAACAAAGCCAAAGCGGAAAACGUCGGAAUCGACGGAAAAACUCCAAAGAUGGAGGAAGUGGCACCGAGGACGACUCAACCGGAGUCAUCCCCGAGGAGAAUCCAACCCUGGAGCGACCCCAAGACGAAGAACCCCCCAACCCUAGCCAAAGAACCAGGAGCAAGAAGACCCUUUCCACCCUUCCUGGAGGUUGUACCGAAUGUGGUCGACCCACUAAAACUCCAAACCCUUCGAGACGUCGCUCUCGUUGCGGCGACUGCGUGCGACGGCGUCGCGAGACGACGGACAAACCUCAUCGUUGCGGCGAUUGCGGCAAAGGUUUCAGUCGAGGUUCCAACCUCACCCAACACCGACGGAUCCAUACUGGGGAACGACCUCAUCGUUGUGGGGAUUGUGGGAAGGGAUUUCUCCAACGUUCCGACCUGGAGCGACACCGACGCGUCCACACCGGGGAGAGACCUUACUCCUGUGGCCAUUGUGGGAAAACUUUCAGCGUCAGUUCCCACCUGGAGCGACACCGGAAGGUUCAUUCUUUUCUCCAGUUUGUUCCUCCCCUCCCAGUAACACCAGUAGAAGGAUCUUCUCCUCACGGUUGCGGCGAUUGCGGCAAGACUUUCGCGCAACGUUCGGCGUUGGCCAAACAUCGGAAGACUCAUAGCUCGGAACGACCUCAUCGUUGUGGGGAUUGUGGGAAGAGUUUCAGUCGAGGUUCCAACCUCACCCAACACCGACGCAUCCAUACUGGGGAGAGACCAUUUUCCUGCACUCAUUGUGGGAAGAGUUUCCUCCAACGUUCCGACCUGGAGCGACAUCGGCGCGUCCACACCGGCGAGAGACCGUACUCCUGUGGGGAUUGUGGCAAGGCCUUUAGUGUCAGUUCCCACCUCGAUCGACACCGGAAGGUCCACGCGGCUAAACGAGUCAUGUUGGAAAAACCCUACAAAUGUGGAGAUUGUGGCAAGAGCUUCGCUCAACGUUCAGCGUUGGUCAAACACCGUCGGAUCCACACGGGAGAAAAACCAUAUUCCUGCUCCGAUUGCGGCAAAGGUUUUAUCCAAAAAUCCGACUUGACCAUCCACAGGAGGAUGCAC